CAGAACCUAUGUUUUCCUUGAGAGGUUGAACAUGUAAAAUCUGUUGCUGUCUGUUAAGUUGCUUUGGUUAUGGCUCACCUGGAUUCGAGUACAACACAGUCUAUAGCACGCAGUGAGUCAUUUAAAUUUGACCGCAACUUUCAUGGAUCAGACCCAUUUUCCGAUUGCCCGUCACCACCAAAAACGGGAAAUCACGUUCCACUAACUAGGACUUAUACAGCGGAUCCAUGUGUAUGCUGUCCAUGUGGACCAGUUCCAGACAGUCCUGGUGCUUCGCCAAAAAUCAUUACCCACAUGCAUAAAAGUGAUUCUGGCCACGUGCAACAGGACAAACCUCGCAUGGAAUGUCACCGUGGAUCCGUAUAUGAACGCCAAUUUCACUUUGAACACUACUACCCUGCACAGCCAUUUCCUAAUGAUCGGGAGAAAACAGAUUGCAAUCCGCUAGGGCGUCAGGGACAAAGUCUUUCACCAACUGGAACUUUUGGUGACCAAAAGUCUCGUGACUGUGAACGCCCAAAUCUCAGGUCCAUUCAAAAACGUAGUUCCUUAAAAGAAUUAUUACGGAAUACCGACCCUACUAAUUUGGAGUGUGGUUACGGAAGCCCCAAAGAGCCGAAUUCUCCAUACUCACCACAACUAGGAGUGCACGUGCGGGAAUCGAUAGAUUGUGAAGCGGAACCACAGGCUGGCAGAGAAUCCGUUUGUUCACUUACAGCUUCACCUGACCGGUCAGCACCAGUGUGUUGCAACUAUCGUUCGGGCGACAGGAUCUCAGACCUCCCAGUUAUGGAGACGUGUGUUCCAGUAGCUAUGUAUCGGCGAUUUCGUGCAGCAAGCUCGUGUGGCAGGGAAAACAGAUCACGUGAGUCAAGCCCCUAUAGAACACGUUUUGAGCCAUCCAUUUGUCGACCGGCAUCUUUCAAACAACCACGCCCAUCGCGCUCUCUGAGUGUGCCAAGUCACCAUAGUCCCACACAAUUUAAGUCGAGUUCAAGCCCUUACGCCGUGACUUAUAUUUAUCAUCCGGGAAAAAGUGGACCACGGCCAGGGCACAUGUGUGUACGUAAAGAUGAUUACGUCGAAAGAUUCGGAAGUUACCGUUACAACUAUGAGGCAUUUUAUCCCUAUGGAUCAAGUCGGGAACUUAACAGACUGUGUGAAGCUUCCGGAUCAGAAGAGACAAACCUACCUAGCUCUACUCAGUUUGCAAGACCAGAAAACCUUAAUGUUGAUUCCCCACUCCGGUUUUCGGACCGAGCCAUACACAAACACACAGUUGAAAUAGAUGAAAGGUGCACUUCUAAAGCGGCCCAACUACGUACAACUCCGAAGAAGUCAUCCACUAAAUCUCCCCAUACCGUGUCAAAAAUGACCCCGCGCUUAUCUUUAUUGCCCACCAGAACCUCUUUCACAUAUACACAGAUAACUGAAAGAUCAGUCCCACCAAAACCCGGUCUUACUGCCACCCACAGUGCAUCAAGUGGAAGAACGCCAAAAGUACCAAAGGCCCUGAGUCCCACCAUUCAAGUUGUAAAAGCUAGCAGUGAUUUUCGUUCCAGCGCAGAUGUUACGACUUUCGAGACGUCUCCAUUUCAAGGUGAUCUUAAAUCAGGAUUUAUCCAAAGAACUAUUGUGUCACAGUCUGAAACUAGGUCAAAGAAAAGUACACAUCUGCUAUCUAGGACGACAUCUGAACAAUCGAGUUUGCCACCCUCUGAAAGCAGAUCCACAACACCAAGAAAACACGCCUCCACACGAUCGACACCUUCUGGUCAAUCUACACACUUGUCUGAGGUUUCGACUGUACUAACAAAGAGUACCAUGAAGUCGUCUAGAGUUAUUUCCCAGGUGUCAUCCGACAUGUGGGAACUUCCAGUGAUACCAAAGCAGGAGGUUCCUAUUUACGAUUCCGUUGCAGCCGUAGUAACCUCAACUCCGUUGUAUCAUUGGGGGUCGGUUGCUCAGUCAGGAUUACCUGGGUUCCCAGUCAAACGCAUGCCGCCAAAGCAACUAAUGCCGAGAAUAUCCACAAAAACACCGGGUUCGUCCUCAGUUUUGAGUGAACCGGAUAAAGGUAACACAUUUCCGUCGACAAGAGGAUCGAGCUUCCGUUCAGAACCAGGAAAUUCGGUAAGUUCAAUACGGGAAGUUGGAAUUCACAGUCCUCAUUCACCUUAUUCUGGACCAAUCGAAGAGGACGAAGAGGAUCAUAAAUAUCCCGGUAUUGCAUCGGUUGAUACGCUCCGUACCCAGGGGGCCAGCUCUCCCAUCUGGGAUAGACAUCCUUCAGCUUUGCCCAAACGAGCUACGAAAUCUCUCUCGGACGUGGAUAUCCCAAUAGUGGUCCCCGUAAAGUCCAGACCAACAACAGACACAUUCUCAUCCUGGGAUAAAGAAACACGCAAACCAUUCCCAGGUGUCGCCUCCGACGAUCAGAAUAGAACACAAGGUACCAGCACACCACAGCCAUUGUCAGGGAAGAUUAAAACUACCCACCCAAAAGAUGGCCGUACUAAAGCUAUGUCUCCACUGGACCCUGGACAGGAAAGCAGUUACAGUCGCCCAACAGCCCAACCAAAGCAUGACCAAGCGGAGUUACGAAGUCCAUUUGGGAGGCCAACACUUUCCACUCGGCUGAUUAGGAAGUCCUCUCGAGAAGAAGUUAGAACCACGCAGUCAGUGAAGCGGUCAGUACAUGAGGUCCCGGCUACAUCUGUAAUAGACAUCCCGCCGGAACAGCUCAAGUCACAGGCUUCAGUGCCUACCUCCGUACUUGGUGCUGACCAUCGAGUACCGGUCAGGAAAACAACAAGACAUCUCUUGAGUAGCCCAGAAAUGCAUUCGACAGACUCAUCAGAGCUAAGCUCUUUCGAACGCGGAUUGUCCAGCAGUAAAAGUAUGAAGAACACAAGCAGUCCAAAAAGCAAAUUAUUUAGCUGUUGUCCAAAAGGCAAAAAAUCUAGCAAAUCCGAAAACUCCGGGUCCCGCUCCAGCCCAACGAAAAAAGCGCUUCGCUCGAUUUCUUUGGGUGAUAGCAGAUCAGCUGGACGCGUACCACAUUCUCCAUCGUCUGGCGCAUCUCACUCGUUCAGAACAAGCACUCUGGAUAGCCGGAGCGGUCCGUCCACAAGAGAUGGUGGAGAUCGUGGUCAAACACCAAUUAUCUUCAGAAGACAAUCACAUGAAACCCAUAGGCCCGAAAGAGCUCAAAAUGGUACUCCAGGCAAACAGUCGGAAACUACGUCAUUAUCAGCACCGGAUUUGAGGCUUUCUCCUACCAAAAGUCCCCGGUACUCUCGAUCUCAUUUUCGGCGACGGUCAUCAAAAUCCAAUAUUCGAGAUCAUUCAACUGAGUCCAAUGACUCACAUGCCUCCAGCAAUCGCACAAGGACAAAAUCAUUCACAUCCCUCUCACUGGUUCGCACAGUAACCACCUCUUCUGAUGCAGUGGAUUUACCCUCAGGCCUUCCUGUAGCUCGUGAGCCAAUCAGUAGUUCACCGACUGACCCAGAUGACAGUCUUUUGUCCAGUGGCCUCUCGAUUGAACAAGAAGUCAAAAAGAGACAGCGUAGUUCCAUGGAUUCAGCUAAAUCAUUUAAAAAAAGACGACUCAUUCCCCGAAUAUCUGUAGAAUUUCCGAAUGAAGAAUUGGGAUCGUCAACUCUAGCUUCAGUUAAGAUGGGUAAUUUAGAACAACGUACCGUCAUACCGUCGGAGUCACCGGACGAAGUUGUCUACCGUACCAGUGCAAAAGAUCACUUGGAACGGUUGACCGAAAAUAAACUGAGACAAUACCCGGGACGAGUUUUAUCCUCCACAACAUCAGACGCAACUCAAAACAUGUCAUUGACUCACGUAACUGAUGAUUCGACCAUAGUAACUGAGGAGAAGACAGUAACUACGCGUUUAAUGGAUGUUAGUGGACUUCCUUGGGACCAGAUAAUGCUGAUGGUUUCAGGAAAUGAACAGCGCCCACCGGAGGAACUGGAGCAGCGGUGGCGCAGACUUAGAGCGUCAAAACCUAAUUUAAUGACCACUUCCCCUAACCAAAAGCAAACGUCACACCAGCCUCUGUUGGGAAAGCCUGAACGACGAGUGACUCGGUCCUCAUUCAAUCAGUCGACACAAUACGAAUCCAUAGAACACAGUCCUGAACAUAUCUCCGAAAAGCGAAGGAAAUUUCGUGAUUUCACAACUAGUCCAACUCCGUUGGGUGAGAAGUCCUCUCCAGAAAGGGAAUCUCCCAGUUUCUUAAGAAAGGAUAACCUGACCGGUCUUGUUUUGAACCAGAGAGCUAUGGGAGAGGCUGCCAAAAAGACCAGCGGGCUGUCUGCACAAGAUCGGAAUGUCGGGUCGCCAACACAUUCAGUGUCCGACGUCUGUAAUUGUGACACAUGUGUUUCCACCGUGCAGCAUGACAUAUACAUAAUUGCUCCAGGUUCUGUAUGCUGCAGCUGUUGUGAAUGUGCAUCCGCCAAUCCAAACGAUACUUCGGCAUGUGCGAUGACUGGUAAUCCUAGUUAUAGGUUUGUACCAUGUGAACAUCACUAUCCGGGUUGUCCCCAUGGUGGAUGGACAGGUACCCCAUAUAUACUCCAUGCUCCCUGUAAAUCAGCUGUGACUACCGUUCUUAUAGAUAACAAAGGAAUUCAUCGAUGUCCGAAUGACUCCGAAGACCUGGUCUACGAUCACUCUGGAAGCAAUGGUCUCACGGUAAGCCAACAACAGAAAAGUUUAACCCGAGUUCUUGCACUAGAAGAAUUGGCAAGUUCAGAGAAGCUGGUUGAUAGUGUUGCAUCACGUGCUGUUCGUAGUACGAUUUCAGAACCAAUGGACGCGGUCAACAUGGAUACAAACAAUGAAGUAGAAUGGGAGUUUUUCGAGCAGAAACGAAGCUUCUGCGACAGCGGUGAGUACUACAGUGAAUGUUCACCAGCUGGAACACCGGUCAACGGUGAUGGGGAAUCAUUUUAUCAGGCUCUGUCAAACACAAAUGUCAACAACUUGGUGGGGCAAGGAGCGCUCCUGAUCAGCUCAGAGUGUGAUCGUUAUUACAGACCCAAAAGGAUUCUCCGAAAGCGAUCUACAGGUUUACUAAAACCAUCGUUCUUGAUGCAGCGGAAUAACCAACAUUUAAACACUUCAGCUUCAUGCUACAACCACCAUCGGACUCAGUCACGUAUGUCUUCGCGGAAGUGUUCAUUGCUUGCGCUCGAUAAAACUGUUUUAGACAUGUCUCGAAUUAGAUUUCAGUCAGUUUCGUGGAGCAGAAGCCGGUGUGCUACCCACGGUUUUACGAGAACCAACACUCAAUGUGUAGCUCCAAGAAAUAGUUCGUCACAUGUUCACUGCAAACAGCGAGAAAGAAGCAGUGUAUUAAACACGUUGGUAGCACACAAUGAGAAAUUUUUAUGCAGGAACGAGGAUGAUCUCUGUGAAUCCUAUUGCUGCUCCAAGCUGAGCAGUAGGCAAAAUCAAUUUCAGGCUACUGAACAUGAUCCAGCCGACUGUAGUCAUUCGCAAUCGAGUGCAAGGCAGUCUCUCAAAAAAACACAUUCAUCUGGUCAUUCACUACAUUCUGAUUAUCAGAACUUCAGCAACCCUUAUCCGUCACUAGUGAGGCCAGACUCUGAGUUAGAGGAUAAAACCAUCUUAGAUCCCUUUUACUUCAACAAACAGGCGACAUUUGUGCGGAAACCAGUUGCAUGUUGCUCAACGAAUCAGCCUCUCAGCAAACAGCCGCCCACAUGUAAAGUGGAUCUGUUUCCUAGGCAUCGAAACUAUGAUCCAGACCGUCACGGUACGGUUGAUUCAUUAGUUUUCAACUCGAACAAGUUAACCCCUCAUUCAGAAGAGAUAUUGCAGCGUAUCCGGGAAACGGUUCAGUUACUUAUACAGGACUUGAUCGUACUGGAAGAACAAAUUGGGAAUCGUGACCUCCGAGCAUGUGAAACCAUUGGUAAACAUUUGAGCUGUUUGCCAAGUAUGUUGGUUCAGUUAUUAGACAGUUUGCAUUAUAGCCCAACUGAAACAGAACUGCUCCAGCAAGCCUCCGGCCUGAAUUCUCUUGUCGGUGAGAUAGUCGAGGACCCAAUCACAGUGUUGUUUCAUUUGCUCGAAUUAGGAUACCGGUUGAACGAAUUCGCAGCUCUGUUCGGGGAGCAUCUCAUUCCCCAACACCUUCCCAGGUUGAUACACUCAAUUCAGAUAAAAUUAUACCGAAUGAAAAUUGGUUACAUAUCGAGACAGUAUUUCUACGUCCCACAGUCCGGUGAUCACCUGUUUACCUCAUACAGCAGAUCACGGCAACUGCUGCGGCUGGAAGCAAGUUGUGGUUGCCAGGUCAAUCUGAUUCAUCCAGGAGAUCCCCGGGCAGUAUAUUGUCCAAUCGAAUACAGAACAAUUGAAGUAGUGUAUGAACAAGAAUCCGGGAAACCGGAUUUGUUCGUCCAGAAGUUGAAUUCGUUGCUUGACGCACGACGUCCAAUGGCACGACUUGUAGCGACAGUGGUUCGACAAAUCAAUGGAGUUGAAUACACAAUGACGGUGGAUGAUGCAAAAGAGUUGUUGAACUGUUCUGUGCGACCAAGAUACCGGGACGUAUUGGGAAUCAUUCUCUCGGCUGGAAGACAUUCCACUGGAUGCCGCUAGCAUGCACAUUCUCUCAUUCUAUCCACAUAUUCAGCCUCCUGAUUUAUCUUCCUUCUGUACUUUCUAUCAGUUUUUUCCACGCUCGUUAACCUCGAAUAUUUGUUCCUGCAAGAACUAGAUUCUAAAAGCUCGUCUUAAAACUUAUUCGCUAUUGUCUUAUUCAUUUUGCAUUUCUUUGUGUCCCACUAUAUCUAAGUUUUUGCAGUGUG